AUGUAUCAAACCACGUCUCUCCUGGCGGCCGUCCUCGCCCUGACCCCAGCCGCCGCGGCUCAGCAGAUCGUCCUCGUCAUGCGCACCGCUACUAUCACCCAAUGCGUCACCGCCACCAGCGGUGCGGUCCCUACUUGUGCCGGCUGCGCACCAGCAGCCCCAAUCGUCCAGCUGCCUGCUGUCACCGGCGGACCCAUCCGCGUCCAGAUUGAGGCCCCCAAGUGCCAGCGCUGCGGCUGUAACACGUGCACCCAGAUUGUCAAGUUCACUACUGAGUACGACGCCUUCUGCCCUACUGGCCUUACUAGGCAGGUGUACGAGUGCACUGAAACGUACAAGGGCAUGCCUGCCAUGCCCACCCUCCUCUCUACCGAUCUGCCCCUUGGCUUCACCAGGGACAUCCAGACCUGCUACACCUGCGGCCCGACGCCUAUCACUGCUACCAUCACCCGCCCUAUCACUGACCCCCAGGGCACGCCGAUAAAUAUUCCUGCCGAUAGUGCUGGCUUCAGCUCGGGCUCUGGCUCUAGUUCCGGUUCCAACUCCGGUUCCAACUCCGGUUCUCACUCUGGUUCUGGCUCUGGUUCUGGCUCUGGUUCUGGCUCUGGUUCUGGCUCUGCUCCGAGCGUUGUAACGACCGCCGACUCCCCGUCUAUUAUGUCCCUAGCUUUCGGACAAGUCACCAUACUCUUGUCUUUCUUUGUAGCUUUGUUUGUUCUAUAA